AUGAGAGCGAAGUUCGGUGUGAGGCUAGAUUCGAGGGCGGACUACAAGACGCACGGUUGGUGGCGUCUCAAUGUUUGCCGGCGUGGCAAGGAGCCGCUAGGCCCGGAUAGCGUAGCGAGUAGCUGGGACCGCGCCGACUGGCUCGAUGCCCGUCUGGGACCCUCGCACCACGGCAAUCGGCAAUUGGGAGGGCAAAAGAGCAGGGCAUUGGGGACGGUGUGCGGUGUGGCAACUGGCAGACAAGCUUCCGUGGCACCGUGGCAGACAGACACGGCCCAGAGCAUUCAUUCAUGGAGGGAGAGACUUGAGGCACGGUAG